AUGGUUCGCUUUACUCCGUUGGCAGCUCUAGCUUUAGUGCCUCUUGCUCAAGCAAGAUCCGACUGGCUGUAUGCACGAGACACCAUUGCGCAGUGCCCCCCAUGCACUGUGGAAGGCGAGGCUCAAGAAUGCUCUCAUAUAGUGACAGUUACCGAACCAGCUGGUCCCUACGAGACCGUCACUGUCUCCGAUCCCAAAGGCUCUUAUCACACAGUCACGUUCACAGAGUAUGGUGAGCCUGGCAAGACUAUCACCAUCACUCAGAACUACCAGGAGCCUGUGACCAGGGUUGUAUACGUCAGCCAGGGUGAAACUCUCGAUCCCCCCAAGCAGACCGUCACCGUCACUGCUCCCGGCAAGGUUGUUACCGUCACAAAAACAGAGACUAGCGAACAUGUUGUCACCAAACAGGUGAAGGUGUAUCCCGACCCCGGAAACUCGAACGGCAAUGGAUACAACCCCGGUCCCAAGACAGUAACCAUCAGUAACGGACAUCCCGCCCCCAGCGCUGACUCUCCCGGCUACGAUGGAGCAGUUGUCACCAGGAUUGUCGGGGAUGGUGAUAACGUGAAAUACCCCAACGACGCUCACACUGUCACUGUCAUCGACGAUGGCAAGGUCAAGACUUUAACCUACACGGACGGUCACUACAACUAUGUCAUCACCAAGACCACCCACGAAGAUGGCAAAUACCACACAGUCAUCGUCAAGCCGGAGCCGACCGUCAGCACCAUCACUAAUGAUAACGAUGACUACGUUACCACUAUUGUCGAAACUCCUCAUACAUACACCUUGACCGCUCCUAUCCGUUAUGAAUCGCCCAGCUCGACUGACGAUGAUUGCGAGACUAUCACCAGAACUGCAACCUACACAGGCCAGCCUGAAGUUGAAAUCAUCGUCUACGAUCCUGAGUCCGGCGAUUCCACCUGCACGAAGGAAGACGGUCAGCCCUGUCGCCCCGACUACGAGAACGACAAGACCGGCUAUGAUGACGAUGGCAAGGACCAGGAGGGCGAUGACAGCAAGGGUCAACAUGAAGUUCCUGCUUACACCAAGGUUCAGAGCGGCAGCGACGGCUACAACUCAAACGUUCCCGUCUACACCAAGAUACGCACUUACGGCAAUGGUGAUACCUACACUGAAGUCCACGGUGCUGACCCAACAGGAUGCGAAUCGUUUGCUGUCUCCACCAGCAUAGCAACCGUUUACAACACCGUGGUGGUGACUGUUGAGCCUUCAAGUACCCUAGCUGCCGAUGGUCGAGUGCCAAAGAAGGCUCGCUCACCUCUUUCUGUUCGGUGGUGA